AAAAAAGGAGGAGGAGGAGGAAGUCUUUUCCCGCUUGGAACGCCGGAUUAGGAGCAGAAGGCUCGGACACAGCCUCUCUGCUGGCUUGGAUCGUGCGGAAGAGGGGCGGGUGGCGGCGGGUUUGGAGACGCGCCUUUUCCAGGUAGAGGAGGCUUUGCUUCGCGUCCGGGGGUCCAGCGGACAGCUGUCCCCUCCUCUUCCCUUUCCCGCGGCCUUGGCUCUGUCUCCCCACCUCCACUCCCCGUUAGUCAGGGACAGGAGCCCGCAGCUUAGCUUGGACUGAAAGAGAAGGCGACUGGGAUCGGCUCCGUUUCUUCUGCAUUCCGGCUUGCAGCGCUUUUACGCAGCUCUCUGGAGGAAAAGCAAGGGCGCACGAGAGAGAAAGACCUGGGAGCGGGACGGGGGAGCUCAGACCCCCCCUCCCUGUUCCGCCCAGGAGCCAGUCCUUUAGGGAGGGGGCGGCGAACGGGAGCCGUCGAUGACCGCAGGACUGCUGCGCGCUCCUUCCUCUCGACCCCCUCCUCCUCCUCCUGCCGAGGCCGAGGCUUUUCCGAUGUCGACAGCCUCCGACAAGGCGCAGCAGCAGCAGCAGCAGCAGCAGCUGGGAGCAGUUAUGGAAUCGGCGUCUUCCACCACCUCCUCGACCCCCAGCAGUAGCAGCAGCGGCGGAGGCGGCAGCGGAGGAGGAGGCAGCGGCGGCACCAAAGCGAAGAAGUCCAACGCGGGCAUCCGACGGCCGGAGAAGCCGCCUUACUCCUACAUCGCCUUGAUUGUCAUGGCCAUCCAGAGCUCGCCGUCCAAGCGCCUGACGCUGAGCGAGAUCUACCAGUUCCUGCAGAGCCGUUUCCCGUUCUUCCGCGGCUCGUACCAGGGCUGGAAGAACUCGGUGCGCCACAACCUCUCGCUCAACGAAUGCUUCAUCAAGCUGCCCAAAGGGCUGGGCCGGCCGGGCAAGGGCCACUACUGGACCAUCGACCCGGCCAGCGAGUUCAUGUUCGAAGAAGGCUCCUUCCGACGGAGGCCCCGCGGCUUCAGGCGGAAAUGUCAGGCCCUCAAGCCCAUGUACAGCAUGAUGAACUUGAAUUUCAACCACCUCCCGGACAGCUACGGCUUCCAGGGGCCUUCUUGCCCGCCCAACAGCCUCCCCCUAGACGGCGGCGCCCUGGGCAUGAUGAACGUCGACGGCAUGGGACUGGCCGGCCACUCCGUACCCCACUUGUCCUCCAACGGAGCGCACCAUUCCUAUAUGGGGAGCUGUGGAGGUGGAGGUGGAGGAGGCUCCGCCGGAGGGGACUACGGUCACCACGACGGCUCGGUGCCCGCCUCGCCCCUGCUCCCCGGAGGUGGCGUGAUGGAGCCCCACUCCGUCUAUUCCAGCACGGCGCCGUCCGCUUGGGCGCCCUCCGCAGCGCCGGGUUUGAACAGCGGAGCUUCCUACAUCAAACAGCAGCCUCUGUCGCCUUGCAAUCCGGCAGGGAACCCGCUCUCGUCGGGCUUGUCCACGCACUCCCUGGAGCAACCUUACUUGCACCAAAACAGUCACAACACGGCAGAACUACAAGGUAAGGCCGGGCUGGUGUGGGGAUGGGCGCCCCUGCACGCGCGCGUGCGGGGGGGGGGCUGGAGAUCGCGAGAGAGCGCGGCGAUCAGGCCGCACGUAAACUGGAACCGGGAAGGAAACAUGCCCAGAAUUUGGGGAGCGCUUAGCGCAGAACAAGAGGCUAAAGGUUUUGUUCGGGGUUAUGGCAACAGCCGAAGCCAGGAACUGUAAAGCUAAAGGGAGAAAAGCAGGCGGCCAGAGGAAAUCUCAAAUGCAGAGUGGGUGCCGGUGAACGGACCUCUGAGCACCCAGUUACAAGCAACGGAACAACAGGUUUCUUAAGGACCCGUAACAAUCAAGUUCCGUGUUCACUUUUAGCUCCGGAUAUGUAGGCUAAAAUAUGUGACACCUGACCAAAAAUACCCCCCCCCCCAAUAAGCCUGGAAACAAUUCGACCCCAUUUCCUAUUAAACGAAUGCUGGUACGCUUUGAAAAUGUGGGGAAAUCCUGAUUGUAUGGUUAGGUGAUAAGUUAUCCAGGUAAGUGAUGAACCCAAGCGGAUCAGGGACAUCAGAAGCCAGUCCCUCUGCUGUGAGGGGAAAGCUACGCUUUAGGAGCGAGGUAGAGGCUGCUCCAAAUUGAAGUAAGGGUGCGCGUAAGAGUUAUGUGAGAUCAGAGGGUAUUGGAGCGAGGGAGGGCCGAUUAACAGGGGUCAAAGGGCUGGAUAUGGGGAGCAAGCAGGAUUGUGGAUGUAUAGCUAGAAAAAUAGGGAUCGUGGGCAGAAAAUGGGGGAUAUUCCCCACCACCACCCAGUUUCAGCUGCAAAUCCUCCUCCAGUUGUUUUGCUCAUAGAGAAAAGGAAUAAAUUCAGUUGUGGAGAAGGCGAGAGGGCAGCUCCAAAAGUUUUUUAGCCCUCUGAAAAUCGCACCCAGAAAUACAAUGUUCUCAAGAAUGCGAGAAGAUGAUGUAUUUUGAAGCAGUGUACAUAAAUAUUGUGGGAGCCUUUUUAUAUUUUUUGCUUCAUUUAGUCAGAGUAGUUGACUUGAAGUUUGUGGGAUUUAUGACGUUUCCCUCCUACCCACUCCACCUUCGCGCGCCCCUUCUCUAAGGGAAAUUUACCGCUACCCAUUAAGUAGGUGCGUUAGAAAUAAUUAAAUCUGCUUCGGCCGUAUUGAUACUAUUCCGAAUAACAUUGCGGAUAAUAUUCCAUGGGCCUUAUCAAUGAUUGUAUGUGUAGAAGCCUAGAAACUCUAUUAUAUGCUGAUGGUUUGAUGCCAGUGAAAUCCAUUAAAGACACAUUGCAGAUUGAGUUAAAAAAUGCUCUUAUAUAGUGCCAUACAGAUGUAAUGCGUUUUAGGGAUCCAGUUAUGGAAUAAAUAGGGAAAUUCCCAUUGAUUUUAAUAGGAGUGUAGUCUAAAUACAGUUGCAGCAAUACCUACCUACGCUUCGGUUAAUAUAUGUGCGCAAACCCUGGAAUUGUACACAGAUUUGUCAUUGCGUCACUUUUAUUUCCUCGCUGCGGUUCCCUAAUAAACAUGACCCGGUUUUACAUCAUAGAAAGGAGCAUAUUUCAAAACAGGAAACAGCGUGAUUUGUGAAAUAAGGUUGAAGUUCGGUUUUAUUUUCUGGGGGUCAGAGAAUUAAUCCCAGCAUAGUCCGUAGUUCCUGCCUCAAACGUGGCAGAAAGAAAACCUGUUCAUAGUUGCAUUAACAUCAUUAAGUAAGUUGCGCCAAUAUAUCUUAAUGCCAAUUGCCUUAAACGUAUAUAUGAAAAUAUUGUUCUGAAGUCAGAAAAAUGUUGGUAUAAUUAAUUUCCUUGUCGUCCCCAUUAUUAUUAUUAUUAUUAUUAUUAUUAUUAAUAUUAAAUCAACACCAGGAACGAUACUGAGUCCUGUGGCACCUGAAAUAUUACCAUUUAUUGUGGUAGCUAUCUGGCGAUGUGGGAUGCAACCCAGAAAGCUUACGGCGGACAAAAUUGGUUAACCUUUAAGACGCUAUAGAACUCUUGUUACUACUUGUUUUGUUUUUUCUCCCCAACAAUUGAUUAACCCGGUUUAGCACCACCUCCUUUUGAGGCAAUAACGACUUUUGUAAUUAUUAAUAGUAAUCCUAUUGAAUUAGCACUUCUAAUACUGACCGGUCUCAUCAAUUCAAAACCGAGCAGAGUGCCACUGCAGCAAUUAACGACAGCAGUGGUGACAAGGAGUAAUUUUAGUCUAGCUCAAGCCAAAACCAAGCCCUUAAAAAUAUCGCAGUGAUCAAAGUGUGAACUUAAAGAUGCAUUCCUACACGCACUUACCUGGAAGGUAAUGCACAUAGGACUGCGCUGUCAAUUUCUCCCAAUGAAACGAAAAAGAUUUUCAAAAAUGAUGAUGAUGAUGAUAAUAAUAACAACAACCAUCAUCACCAUCCAAUAUAUUCCACCUCUUGAUUCUCUUUAUACAAUCUUCUACUUAAAAUUGCUCCCCAAACGUUCUUUCCCAGAGCUGAUCUCUGCAAAGGAGUCAAUCCUGUGUCAGUAUUUUACUGACUGCCUAAUUUCAGUUGCCCUUUUGAACUCUCCUUUGUAGACAAAACAUCUUUCUUUGCCUCAACCAGCUUUGUUAGGGCGGUUUUGUUUAUUAUUAUUUUAUUCCCCCACCCGGCUGUCUGCUCUCCAAAUUACCCCCCUUCCCAGCUCCGAACAGCCCCUCUGCAUUCUCGACAUUGCUUACCUUGGCCGGAUUCUUUCGCGUUCCAGGAGGGCGAGACAUCUUUACAGCGGAGGCCAUAAGAGAAAAAGGGACCUGCGCGAUUAGUUUCGAUUUUGCAAAAAACAUGAAAAUGCACUGCGUACUCUCUUUCGGUGGUGAUUGGGAUGGGGAGAUCCACCCCCCACUCACCCAAUAAGUCUUAAUAGUAUGAGAAUGAUGAGGGAUCUUACUAAGAGGAGGGAAUAAUGGUUUGAAACUGACCAGCCCAGCAAGGGGAAAUUGACAAGGUCUCUGUCGGUCACUGGAGAGGAAAGAUAAGGGGUGUUAAGAGGCGAGAAGACAAGCAUUAGUUUGAUUUUCUUUUUCCAAUUCGUAGGGGGAAAAAAGGGAAAAUGUCUUUUCAGCAGACAAAAGAUUUUUUUUUUUUGGGCGGGGGGGGAGUAAAGAAAAGCGUGCAAGCAUUCAGAGACCUAAAAAAUAAAAUAGCCGAAACAAACGUGGAAGGGUUGUGCUCGGAAAAAGAGUUAGCCCGAUGCGCCGAAAGGCCGCGGCUAGCGAAAGCGCAGAGUCCAAAGACUUUUAAAGAAUUCCUCCUCCCUGUGGCCUUUUUGCGGGUGGGGUCCUGUGGUGUUGCUUCUGUUAGAAGAGAUGAUUUUUUCUUUACGGUUGGGGGUAGGAUCUUUUGUAUUUUAACAGCUCCCCUCUAGUUUUAGCAGCUGGGCAAUCAGAUAGGGAGGCGUUAUCACGGCGAGCCACCGUCUUCUGACUCCCUGGUUCUGACUCCGACUCCGGUCGCUCCUCCUUGCUCCAAAUGGAGCGGUCUACUGACCCGACAGGUCUUCUCACCUCUGUUUGGUCCGGGGCAUCAGGCAGAGUUAAGGAUAACUAGCAGCAAUAGAAGGGAGCAAAAAGGCGCGUGGGAAAUAAUGGAGAUGAACAGAGAAAAAUUAUGGAAAGUUGGGAGGAAAUUCAAGCUUAUUUUUUACAGCCUAGGGGUGGGGGUUUACUUUUUUAAAAAAAACACACUAUAGCAAUCAUCUCACCUUCAAAAUAUAAAAACUCACGUCUCCUACUGUUUCUUUAACCUGCUGGUUUUUUUUAGCAACAUAAAGGGGAGGAGGAGCCUUUUAUUUUUUAAAAAAUACAUUCUGGACAAAUGAGGGAGUUAUAAAUCCUGGAUAUCAUUCUGACUUCUGUCACCUGAGUUUGGAAACCAAAUAAUCCCUUUUUAAAUGGGGGAGGGGGAGGGGAUGGCCACAGAAGGCAUGCAAAAAACAACAUUUAAAAAAGGCAAUGACUACUACUACUACUACUACUACUACUACUACUACUAAUUUUUGUCAGUUCUUUACUUGGUUAAAUCACCAUGAAAAGGACAACCAAUUAAUUAAGAAAUUAUUCUAUUGUCAUAUAGGCUCAAAAGUGGGUUUUAAAAAAAUUACUUAAAUAAGUCCAUUGUGCAGUCUGUAUAUGGUGUUGUUAACUGCUCUAUAGAUGGGUAGAGAUAGGGCUGUUAUUUUAAAAACGGAAAGGGUUUACAAUUCUGAAAGAGAGAGGAAUGGUAAUUCUAUCCAUUGCAAGUUGUUAACCACUAAAUAUGAGUAAUCCAGUUACUGUGUGAGGAAGUGUUCUAUGAAAUUUGUUAAUUAGGAACCAAUGUUCCAGACUGAUUAGAUUUUACAAUGAAAUAAGUAUAUUUAAAUACUAUCAGCAGAUGUGGAUCCACAGAUAAUUUCCCCCACAAGUUACUGCAAAGGCCUGCCCUGAUCCUGUAGCAUCAGCAUGCAAAGGGAUGGGUGGGUAGAAGAAAGGUAUGUUCCUUUUCAGAAGAAGGAGCAAGGUUAAUAUCUGCUUUUAAUAAAAUGUCUGAUUGUGGUCCACAACCUGAUAGGUUUUGUUUAUGUUCAUUGCAAGUCUCCAUUGGAGUACAGUAGUAAUUUAACCCUAGAAAUAAUUAAAAGCCAGGGCUUGUUUUUCCUCUGGCUUGAAUGAAAGCAAGUCCUCCAGCUUUAUCAAGAAAGCCAAAUCUAUACACACAAGCACCAAAAAGAAAAAAGGAAAAAAAAGCCCAACCCUCAGUCCUCCUUCCUUGGCCAGCCAGGAAACAGACUGUCCCAUCCCAUCCUGCUAUUUGCGAAUGGGCAAAAUUCCCAUUCCAAUCAAGUGGGAAUUUCCUCUGAUUAAGAACAGCAGAGUUCAGAGUCCAUAACAUCACCUAGUUGGGUCUAACAGAUUCCAAGGGGUUGAUGAAGUCCCUCCCAGGGGGAGAUCUUGUGGACUGGUGCCUAUUGUCACCAUAAACUGAGUUGGAAGAAGGUGAGGCUCCAGACUUGAAUUGUGUAACCAGUUGUAGACAAGCAACAAGUCUGUGGAAUUGUGUUUCUCCAAGAGAAGCACCCUAGGCUUCUGUAUGGCAGGUUGCCUUUGCAGGUUGCUGUAACUACUACUACAGAGUUUCAGAAGCAAUUUGUGAUACGGCAUGAGGUUCUACUGUUCAAGGGAUGAAGGGGAGAUGUGUUCAAAAAUUCCACCCGCGCAUGCCAGAAGUGGAACUCAGCCACAUUGGAAUCUGCCCUUCUACUGAGUCAGACCACUGGCUUACGUAGCUCAGGCCUACUGAAGUCGUCAUCCUCUCUCCGCUCUGCCUCCCCCUGCCCCACGUUAAUUUCAGCCUAAUGAAAGCUCAGUAAAUCUUCAGGUUUUGCUCCCUGCUUGCAACUAAAACACAACAUAGAGGUUGUGAAGUACCUGGUAAGUCCCAGUAUGUGGAGGAUAGCAAGCUGCACAGGUUCUGUUACCCAUUUAUUAUCCUUGACCAUACCUGGCAGUAGCUCUCCAGUCUUCUGUUAAUAUAGAUAUUUAUUGAUCCUUGACCAAAGGUAUACAAAAGUUCGUACCCAAUACAAAGUAUCCUUUUAUAGUACACUAGAGUAAAAUAAAUGCUUCUAAAAUCUGUUCUGAAAAGGAAAAGAGAAGGAAAGAAGGAAAAAAGGAAAAAGGGAGGAAAGCAAAAAAAGAAAAGAAAAAGAGGAAAGACAGACGGAAAGAAAGAAAGGAAGGAAGGAAGGAAGGAAGGAAGGAAGGGGAGAGAAUUCUAUCCCAUUUUUCUUACAUGAUGUCCCUUUUGUGUUGGAAAUGUAAAAAACUGAAGCUCAGACAUGAUCUAUGUGAGGCAGCUACUCUGCCUCAGAGCUGGACUUCUUUGGGCAUCUUACAUCAGGGAAAGGGCCACACACAUCUCAGUGAUGGAUCAUCGGCCUCACAUACAGAUGCUCCCAGCUUCAGUGCCCAGCAUUUCCAGGUAGGGCUGAGAGACUCCUGCCCAAAACCACUGCCACUGCCAGAUAGUGGCAAGUACUGAGCAAGAUGAACCAAUGGUCUGACUCAGGAGAAGAAGGCUUCCUGUGUUCCUUAUGUAUUCCUUCAAUGAGGCAGAAUGAAGCAGCUGCCUUUGCUCUCUUGACUAAAAAGAAAAAGUCUCAGCAGCAAAUUCUGGGGGGCGGAAAGUGGCUAGGAUAUGUGGAUAUGUGGUCUGCCCUGGAGCCCCUAAGCUAACUUACGGCGCUAGGUUGCAGAUGAGGACUCUGCUCCAUCGCCAGUGCUGAGGUAGGAUUUAACCACCAGCCUAGUCAGAUUUUGUGCACAGCGUGGUGAAUGCAGUCUUGUCCAGGGGUCAGCAAACUUUUUCAGCAGGGGGCCGGUCCACUGUCCCUCAGACCUUGUGGGGGGCCGGCCUAUUAUUUUUUUGGGGGGGGGGAUGAAUGAAAUUCCUAUGCCCUACAAAUAACCCAGAGAUGCAUUUUAAAUAAAAGCACACAUUCUACUCAUGUAAAAACAUGCUGAUUCCUGGACUGUCCGCAGGCCAGAUUAGAAGGCGAUUGGGCCGGAUCUGGCUCCCGGGCCUUAGUUUGCCUACCCAUGGUCUUGUCCUUUGCCACAGGUAGUAAAAUGGCUUGGGUAACUCCUGUUCCUACUGUAAAAGCCAAUGCUGUAAUCGACCAACAGAGGGGUAACCCUUAAAGCUUAACAUGUAUGCAGAAUAACCCUAAAGGAAUGAACUUGUUAUCAACAUAGUCACUCAAGCUUUGUUGAUUGACACCUGUAGUGGAACGCAAGACCACCGGGAUGUCACCAACUAAGUUCUACUCAGAGUAGAGCCUUUGACAUGAAUGGACCUAUCCUCUUAAUGAAUUCCAGUGAGUUUCCUCUGAGUAGGUCUGGAGACAGACCACAGUUUCUAUUCAUGCUGAAGCAAAGUAUAAUCUAGGUUCUAAUUCUUCAGUUUCAUAUCUCCAGGGUGACAUAUUUUUCCCCUCCUCUCUGUGUCAUGUCUUCUUCCCAGUCACUUAAAUCUGCUCUCUGCUUUUCUUUCAGGAAUCCGGUACCAUUCUCAGUCUCCAAGCAUGUGUGACCGGAAAGAAUUUGUGUUCUCCAUCAACGCCAUGGCGUCAUCUUCCAUGCAUUCAGGAGGUAGCGGCUCUUACUACCAUCAGCAAGUUACAUACCAAGACAUCAAACCUUGCGUGAUGUGACAGUAGGGCUGGGGAGCCGAGCUUUCUUGGAGGGGCAGCCAAUCCCCAAAGAUCCAAGUGAAAACUGUAUAGAACUGUGGAACUUCCUUCUACAAGCCCCUUUAGGAGCCAAAGAACCUCCCCAGAAGCUAGACUGAUAGUUGCUCAUGAGGUAUAUGAAUAUUCAAAACAUCUACAGAGAGGAACACGCUGUUCUCAAGGAAGCCUUGAAGAGGAGCAAAGAUGCGUUGUGUGUGCUUUUUUUUUUUUUUUUGUAGGGGAAGGUGAAGCACAAUGCCAAAACACUAAGUACUCAAUUGUCCUUUCAUCUUGGGUCUCAGUACAUUCAGAACAGUUAUCUGGUAAAAAUUCCAAAAACCACUUUUCAGUCUGUGUGGUUUCCUCCCCACUCCCGCUUAAAAAAAGGAAUAGAAUUCAAAUGAACUCUGCUUUUUAAAAAUAUAUCCUACCCCCAAAUUCUCCACAAUUUUAAAUGAUCAUUAAUGAAAAUGGAUUCUAAAAUUUGAGGGUCAGGGAUCUGCUGUACAAAGGAAAGCAGCACAAAUAAUGCAGACAGCGAUGGUGAACGACAGUCAUUUUCAUGUGGUGUCCAUCACUGGGUCCUUCAUUCAGCAACCAGAAUUGGCUUCCAGUUGUAACCUCUCUUCUUAUAUUUUAGGGACUGAGCAUGAAAUAUACAUAUGGCUCAUUGUAUAUUUGACCUCUGGUUCAGGGCAAUGGCAGACUCUCCAGACAUCUGAGUGAGUGCUGAGACGGUGCUCUUCCCAUAUCUUCUUUCCUAGAUCGUAAUUGUGCGUUGAGUUUCCAAAGCCUUCUCUACCUUCAGGUGUUGGUGGGGAUUUGAAAAGCAGGAUCAGACACACACACACAAACACACAGAAAAUGCAACAGUAGAACUGAGGAUGUUGGGUGCUCAAUCACACGAUCCUGUAGAAAUCACCCCACUUCUUUUUGACCGUACCCAAGCCUAUUUUAAACAGUAAAGUACCAAAUUACAAAGAAAAAGCACUUUGAGAAAUAAAGGUUAAAAAUGGAAACGAUUAACAAGGCUCACGCUUUUAUUUAUUCAACAUUUUAAUAAAACACAACAGCAGCCUUGGUCAAUCAGUAUUAAAGUGGUUAAUGUGUUGGCAAUAUUUGCCGUAGGGACUGUGUGAAAUAACCAUCGUUAAUGUCAAAAGCAGCAGCAUGGCAAAGCAAUUUUCUCUAUGUUUUAUAUAUAAUUAUAUAUUAUAUAUAUAAAAAUAUAAAUAUGAAGGACGCUUUUGUCAUUUCCUCCCCCUCCCCCCUUUUGCCUGACUGUACAGUUCGGUGGCACACCUAUUUUAAGUUUCAUUCUGCACUGUAUAAAAGUGUAAUGACAGUGGAAGGGGUUUUAGACCCCCUGCUUUUGUGUACGUUUGUCCUUUUAAAAAAAAUGGAAUGCAAAUAAAAAACAAUGUAUGGUAUUCAUACACAGCCUUCACAAAUUGUAUAACCCGUAAAUAAAUCAUCGUGUGGC